AUGCCUAUCGGAUGUAAACAGAAGCCAAUUUUUUACGAAAUUUUUAAGACUCGUUGCAGUGAAGCAGAUUUAGGACCAAUAAGUCUUAACUGGUUUGAUGAACUUUCUUCAGAAGCUCCACCCUAUAACUCUCAACCUGUAGAAGAAACUGAAUAUAAAAUCAGCAGUUAUGAACCAAGCCUAUUUAAAACACCGCAAAGGAGACCUUAUCAAUUGGCUUCAACUCCAAUCAUAUUCAAAGAACAAGGUCUAAAUCUGCCACCAUACCACUCUCCUUCAAAAGAAUUGGAUAAAUACAGCUUAGACUUGGGAAAGGAUAUUACCAAUAGUAAGCAUAAAAGUUAUCAAAUGAUGAAGGCUAAAAUGGAGCAAGCAAAAGAAGUUUCCAGUCCACCUCUCAAUUCUUGUCUUACUGAAAGUCCUGAUGUUCUACAAAGUACACAUGUAACACCACAAAGAGAAAAAUCAGUGGUAUGUGGAAGUUUAUUUCAUACACCAAAGCUAAUGAAGGGUCAAACAAUAAAACGUAUUUCUGAAAGUCUGGGAGCUGAGGUGGAUCCUGAUAUGUCUUGGUCAAGUUCUUUAGCCACACCACCAACCCUCAGUUCUACUGUGCUUAUAGUCAGAGAUGAGGAAGCAUCUGCAAAUGUGUGUCCUAGUGAAACUACUGCUAUUUUGAAAAGCUAUUUUUGUAACCAUGAUGACAGUCUAAAGAAAAAUGAUAAAAUUACCACUUCUGGGCCAGAUAAUGAAAACAAAAUUCAAAAAGAACCUAAAGGUCAUGAUAAUGGUAAGUCUUUCUAUAAUUCUUUUGUAACAUUAAAUAGUUGCAAAGACUAUUUUGAAAAGUCUGCACCAAAUGUCCUAGAAGAUGAAAAAUAUGAAACAGUUACAGAUAUUUCUGAAGAAGAUAGCUUUUCAUUAUGUAUUUCUAAAUAUAAAUCAAGAAAUCUACGAAAAGUAAAAUCUGGCAAGACUAGGAAAAAUAUUUUUAAUGAAACAAAAGCUGACGAAUGUGAGAAAGCUAAACAGCAAAUGAAAGAAAAUAAGCACUCAUUUAUGCCUGAAGGAAAACACCAUGACAGUAAUCCAUUGGAAUCAAAUAUAACAAAUCAAAAGGCUUUUGGGAGUGAAAGUAGCUAUAUGCCUUUGGAAGUUGUAGCAUCUUCAGCCUCUGAACAGUCUCAGCUAAACCUCUCAGGUCUAAAUGGAACCCAGAUGGAGAAAAUGCUCCUACCAUGUGACCAAAAUAAUUCAGGAAAAGACCUCAUUGACACAGAAAGGGAAUGUACCGAUUUUAUGACUUUAGAAACUUCUUUGCCACAUAUGUCAGGUCUACCAAAAGCAGAAAAAAUAUUAAAUAAGGAAACAGUGGUAAGUAAGAAAAAUGGAAGGCGUUGUCUUGAGUCUCAUGAAGAUUCCAUUCCUGAGAUAAAGCAACCAGUAUCUGAAACGUCUCUAAUAAUUUCUCCACUUCAGGAUAUUAAAAAGCCUAUAUUCAAGGCAAGAAAGUCACCUAAGGAGACAUUCAGUGCCGUUUUCUCAAGUAAUACAACUUAUCCAAACUCUAAAGAACCUCAAUCAUCUGAAAGGGGAUUGAAAAUACAUAGCAUUUGUUCACAGAAAGAAAAUUCGUUAUGUCUUAAUUCAAUGGAUAAUGAUAAUUGGCCAUCCCCUAUCAAAAAUACUUCAGUAGCUUUGAAGGAUUCAGGUUUAAUAUCCACUUUGAAAAAGAAAACCAAAAAGUUUAUUUAUGCUAUAAAUAAUGAAGCAUCUAAUCAAGGAGAAAAAGUUUGGGAAGACCAAGAAUCAGAACUCACUAACUGUUCAGCCCAAUCUGAAGCAAACCUAUUUGAAGCCCCCACUAUGUUUACACAUGCUGAUUCAGGUUCAUUGCAUUACUCUGUCAAAAAAAAAAGUAUACAGAAUAAUUCUGAAGAACCAACUUGGUCCUUAACUAGUUCCUUUGGGACGAAUAUGAGAAAAUGUUCCUAUAAUGAAAGCAUUUCUUCUAAAAAAGUAUUUCAAGAACUUGAUUAUCAAGAUCUAAAAAUUAGUAAGGAAAAAACACAGUCAUUUAAAGCUACAGAAACUAAUUGCCAUUCAGACUUACAGGAAGGACAUUGUGAAGAUGAUCCAAAAUGCCAAAGAAUUUCAUAUAUAAAAGAGGUCUUACCUGCAGCUUGUCACCGUGCACGUUCACAUAUAGAAGUGGAAUAUACUAAUAUUCAAUUUCAGUCCCAGGAAAGCUUUUUAUAUGUCCAUGAUAAUAUCGCCAUUUUAACUCCGAGCUCCAAGGUUCCUCUGUCAAGCCCAGAUGAGAAUUCUACAACAAAAGAAUCAUAUAAGAUGUCAGAUAAACUAAAAUGUAAGAAUGAUAAAGGUCGUUUUGAAUCAACCAAAUAUAUUCCCAUUGAAAAGAAUCCAGAAAUAAGUGUUUUAAAUGAAAAUCCUAAAAAAGCUGAGUUACCACCUAUGAAGGAACAUUUGAACCAAAUUCAAAAUCUCACAGUAACCCAAAAAGACCAAGAAGAUUCUGCUUUAGUUUCAAAAAUAACUAUCAAUCCAAAUUCUAAAGAACUUUUCCCAGACAAUGAGGAAAACUUUGUCUUUCCAACUAAUGAAAGAAAUAUCCCUGUUUUAGAAAACAGUAAAGAAUUUCAGGAGGCAGACCUCAGUCAUGUAAAAGAAUGCAAAUGCAUUCUCAAGAACUCUAACACGUGUAUAGACAUAGAUGACAAGCAAGCAAUGCAGGUAUUGAUUACAAGAGAUUUUGCUUCAUCAGAUGUAGUCCAUGAUCUUAGAGAGAAAAGAAACACUGUAAAGCAACAAUACAAUAUGACUCUAGUUCAAGAUUUGAAGUCUGAUAACUCCUUGAAGACAAAUGUAAAAUUAAGUAUAAAUAAUGAUUACAUUAUGAAUAAAGGAGCAGGAGUCUCAGAUCCAAUUUCAGAUCAUGAUUUUGGAAAUGACUUCAAAACAGCUUCCAAUAAAAAGAUAAAACUCUCUGAACACAAUCUUAGAAAAAGUAAAAUGCUCUUCAGAGAUAUUGAAGAACAGCAUCCUAUUGGGUUGGCUGAUGCUGAGAUUAUAAAUCCCUUAUUAGAUAAUCAGAAGAAACAAAGUAAACCUCAUGCACUUGAUUUACAGUCAACUAAUAUUCUACAUGGGUUCGUACAGGGUAACAUAUUUGUUUCUGAUAGUGAAAAUAGUCACACAUCUCCAGUUUUAUCUUUAAAUCGAGAUCUUUAUUCAAACCUUAUUUUAACACCCAGCCAAAAGGCAGAAAUAACUGAACUUUCAACUAUAUUGGAAGAAUCAGGAAGUCAAUUUGAAUUUACACAGUUUAAGAAGCCAAGCCUCAUACCACAAAAUAAUACAUUAGAAAUGUCUAAAAAUCAGAUGACUGUCUUGAGUCCUACUUCAAAGGGAUGGAAAGAUGCUUCUCUUCAGCUCACAGUUAAUGCCCCAUUGGCCUGUCAGGUAAACGAAAAGAAAUUUGAAGAUGAAGUUGGAGUUAAGCAAAAGUUUGCUUGCUUAUUGAAAACCAACUACAAAAAAAAUACUUCUGCCUAUUUAACAGGUAAAAAUGAAGUGGAGUUUAGUGGCUUUUAUUCUGCUCUUGGAACAAAACUGAAUGUUUCUAGUGAAGCCCUGCAAAAAGCCAUCAAACUGUUCAGUGACAUUGAGAAUAUUAGUGAGGAAACUUCUGCAGAUGUAGGUCCAGGGAAUUUCUCUUCAAGUAAAUAUAUUGAUUCUGUUGUUUCAGUGUGUAAGAUAGAAAAUUAUAAUAAUGAGAAAAAUGAUAAAUGUCAAAUAACAUUACAAAAUAAUAAUGAGAUCACUGCUGAUCUUGUUGAAGAAAAGACUGAAGAUUAUAAAAGCAGUAAAGAAGAUGAAAGUAACAGAUUUACUGGUGGGAGCAGAAACAUCUAUAAUGUAGAAACUGCUGACAGUGAUUCAAGUGAAAAUGAUACAGUGUAUAGUCAUAAAAAUAAAAAGGACUUGCCAUGUAUUGAUCACAGCAUACCUCAAAAAUUAUCUAGCCAGAGUAUGAAAGAGGGAAACACUCUAAUUAAAGAAGGUUUAUCAGAUUUAACUUGUUUGGAAGUUGUGAAAGCUGAAGAAACAUUUCAUGUUAAUGCUUCAAAUAAAGAGGUAUCAGCUGCUAGUAAGAUGGAACAAAACAUAAAAUAUUUUGACAUUUUUGAUUUAUCCUUUCAGACUGCAAGUGGGAAAAAUAUCAAAAUCUCCAAAGAGUCACUAAAUAAAGUUACUAAUUUCUUUGAUGACCAAUGUACAGAAAAGGAAUUGAACAGCUUUUCAGACUCCUUGAGUUCUGAAUUAUUUUUUAACAUGGAUAAAGUAAACAUUUCAAGUCAUGAGGAAACAAGUAUGGUCAAAGACAAAAUAUUGAAAGAAAGUGGCCCCAUUAGUACUGAAAAUCAAUUACUGACUCUCCAGCAACUACCAGAAUAUGAAAUCAAAAAGAUCAAAAACUCUACUGUGUUGGGUUUCUGUAUGGCUAGUGGGAAAAAAGUAAAAAUUACAAAGGAAUCUUUGGAGAAAGUGAAACAUAUUUUUGACGAAGAAAAACAGAGUAGUAGUGAAAUCAACGUUAGUCAUCAAGGCACAAAGAUACUAAGGGACAGAGUGGAAUGUAAAGGGCUUGAAUUAACAUGUGACACAGGUGAACUAACUGUUCCAAAAUGUGAAAAAAUGCAUCAAACUCUAGAAGAAAACAAACUUGUUUCUAAUCAGAUUGUCACGCUACCCAGAAUUCUACAUGAUAACUUAUAUAGACAAACUAAAAAUAAUGAAAUAUCAAAUAAUAUCUCUCUGAAGAUUGAAGUACCUGAAAAUAAAGAGAAACAAACAGCAAAAAAUCCUGUGAUGUAUACAAAUCAAUCCACGUCAGCCACUGGAAAUUCAGCUUUUGCAUUUUACACUGGACAUGGUAGAAAAAUUUCUGUUAGUCAGGCAUCACUAUUUGAAGCAAAAAAAUUGCUUAGAGAAGGAGAAUUCAAUUAUCAGCCAGAAAAAAAAAAUGUUGCCAAUGUUAUGUGUUUAAAAGACUAUCCUGAGGAUUCUGUAGAAAGUCUUCCAAAUGGAAAUAGUUCAAGUAGUAUCUUAACUGAAAAUGACAAAAGUUAUCUUUCUCCAAAACAAGAUUCAACUUACUUAAGUAACAGAAGCAUGUCUGACAGCUAUGGGUCUCAUUCUGACUUUUGUCAUUCUAAUGAUGUAUGUGAUAAAUCAGAAAAGCUCUCAAAAAAAAUUAAUAAAGCUGAUGUUGAACCAAAAGUCAAGGAUGUCAAAGAUGGGGAAAACAUGUGUUCUUCUGAAGUAACAGCUACCAUACAAGGAGAAAACAUAUGCCGGCAAACUGUAGGUAAAGGUACGUGUGUCCAAAAACCUGUGAGUAACUCUUCACCAUGCAAAAAUAAAAAUACAACCAGUAAGUUGGCCAUAGAUGAUUCAGAUCAUUUUGAAGUAGGGCCACCUGCAUUCUGUACAAGUGCUAAAAUAGACUCUGUUACACCUGAAACAAGAGAGAGAUUGGCAUUAAGCAAAACAUCGAGUAAUUGCAGUGAGGUAAAUAAGCAAAACAUUGAGAAUAAAUCAGGCACUUGCCAAACAAAAAUUGUGUCAGGUUAUAAGACAUUGAAUGAUUCAGAGAAUAUUUUCCCUAAUUCUCAGGAUGGUAAAGAAUGUAGUACUCAUUCACAAGUUUUUCCUGACAUUCAAUGUGAACAAAUUUUACCAAAUAACCAAAGUAUAUGUGGAUCAGAGAAUGUUUCUGAAAUAACAUCUCAGGUUAAUAUGAAAACUUUUGAUAUAUAUAAACUUAAUAGGGAAAAGCAUCCCAAAUCGGGCUCUUCUACAGAUACCUGUGGGAUAUUUAGCACAGCAAGUGGAAAAUCUGUACCAUUAUCAGAUGCUGCAUUACAAAAAGCAAGACAGGUAUUCUCAAAUCUAGAAGAUAAUACCAGCCAACACUUUUGCAGAGUGUCUUCCAAAAAUAAUGAACAUUCAGAUAAGUGCACAAAGGAAAAAAGUGCUAUGAUGUAUACUGCUCCUGAAUUAUCAUCUGCUUUCUCUGGAUUUAGUACAGCAAGUGGAAAACAGGUUUCAGUUUCUGAAAGUGCCUUAAACAAAGUUAAGGGAAUGUUAGAGGAAUUUGAUUUAAUCAGAACCAAAUAUACUCUUCAGCAUUCACCUACAUCUAAACAAGAGGCAUCAGAGAUACUUCCUCUCGCCUGUAUUGAUAACAGUACCCCAAAGCACUUUGCAAAAAUCUAUAAUAAAGAACUUAAAGUAUCACAUAACUGUACUGUUGAAAGUGGUUCUUCAGAAAAUAAUCACUCUAUUCAAGUUUCUCCAUAUGUUUCUCAAUUUAAGGAAGACAAGCAACAGUUGGUAAUAGGAACAAAAGUAUCACUUGCUGAAAAUAACCAUCUUUUGGGAAAAGAGCAAGGUUUACCUGCAAAAACAAAAAUGGAAAUUGGUGAAACUGAAACUUUUUCUAAUCUCUCAAAAAUAAAUGAAGUUUGUUCUACUUACUCCAAACAUCCAGAAAACUGUUUUGAAAGAGAAACAGUGGAGAUUGCCAAAGCUUUUAUGGAAGAUAGUGAGCUGACAGAUUCUGAACUACUAAGUCAUGCCAAACACUCACUUUUUUCAUGCCAAAAAAAUGAGGAAGCAAUUUUAUUAAAUUCAAGAAUUGGGAAAAGAAGAGGAGAUUCAUUUCGCUCAAUUGGAGAACCCCCAAUCAAAAGAAACUUGUUAAAUGAAUUUGACAGAACAGUGGGAAAUCAGGAAGACCCCUUAAAGCCUUCAAAAACUACUCCAGAUGGCACAAUAAAAGAUAGAAGAUUGUUUAUGCAUCACAUUUCUUUAGAGCCAAUUACCUGUGGACCCUAUUGCACAACUAAGGAUCAGCAAGAAGUAAAGCGUCCAAAUUUCACUGUACCUUGUCAGGAAUUUCUGUCUAAAUCUCAUUUUUAUACACAUCUGACUUUGGGAAAAUCUUCAAGCAAUUUACCAAUCACAGAACAGCCUUACAAAGUUUCUGUCACAAGAAAUGAAAAAAGGAAACACUCAAGCACUACAGGCAAACUAAUGAAAGUAUUUGUUCCACCUUUUAAAACUAAGUCACACUUUCAAAGAACUGAACAGUUUAUUAGCAGGAUCACUAACUUGGAGGAAAAUAAACACAAACCAAAAAUUAUAGAUGACCAUGGCUCUGGUGAUAGCGAAAAUAUUACUGACAGUGAAAUUCAUCAAUGGAACAAAAAUAACUCCAAUCAAGAAGCAACUACAAUCUUCACUAAGUGUGGAGAGACUUUAGAUUUAACUUCAGUUCUUCAGAAUGCCAGAGAUAUACAGGAUUUACGAAUUAAAAAAAAACAAAGACAAUGUAUUUCUCCACAGCCAGGCAGUCUGUAUCUUGCAAAAACAUCCACUAUUACUAGACUCUCUCUGAAAGUAGCAGUAGGAGGCCAACGUCCCUCUGCAUUUUCUCCUAAACAGCUAUACAUGUUUGGUAUUUCUGAACAUUGUAUAAAAAUUAACAGCAAAAAUGCAGAGUCUUUUCAGUUUCACACACAGGAUUAUUUUGGUAAAGAAGUUUUACGCACUGGGAAGGGAAUACAGUUGGCUGAUGGUGGAUUCCUCAUACCCUCCAAUGAAGGAAAGGCUGGAAAAGAAGAAUUUUAUAGUGCUCUGUGUGAUACCCCAGGUGUGGAUCCAAAGCUUAUUUCAAGAGUUUGGGUCUAUAAUCAUUACAGAUGGAUUAUAUGGAAACUGGCAGCUAUGGAAUUUGCCUUUCCUAGGGAAUUUGCUAAUAGAUGCCUAAACCCUGAAAGAGUCCUUCUUCAACUGAAAUACAGAUAUGAUGUGGAAAUUGAUAGAAGCAGAAGAUCAGCAAUAAAAAAGAUAAUGGAAAGGGAUGACACAGCUGAAAAAACACUUGUUCUCUGUAUUUCUAAAAUAAUUUCACCAAGCACAAAUAUAUCUGAAUCUUCUUCUUGUAAAACUAGUAGUGUGAAUACAAAAAAAGGGAACGUUAUUGAACUUACAGAUGGAUGGUAUGCCAUUAAGGCCCAGUUAGAUCCUCCCCUUUUAGCUCUCUUAAACAAUGGUAGGCUGAUUGUGGGUCAAAAGAUCAUUAUUCAUGGAGCAGAACUGGUGGGCUCUCCUGAUGCCUGUUCACCUCUUGAAGCCCCAGAAACUCUCAUGUUAAAGAUUUCUGCCAACAGUACUCGGCCUGCUUGCUGGUAUGCCAAACUUGGAUUCUCUACUGAUCCAAGACCUUUUCCUCUCCCCUUGUCAUCACUCUUCAGCGAUGGAGGAAAUGUUGGUUGUGUUGAUGUAAUUAUUCAAAGAGCAUACCCUUUACAGUGGAUGGAGAAAACAUCAUCCGGAUUGUACAUACUUCGAAAUGAAAGAGAAGAGGAAAAGGAAGCCACAAAAUACGCAGAGGCCCAACAAAAGAAACUGGAAGCUUUAUUCACUAAAAUUCAAGCAGAAUUCGAAAAGCAUGAAGAAAAUAUAAGAAAACAAUGUAUAUCAUCAUCUGUACUAACAAGGCAGCAAAUCUGUGCUUUGCAAGACGGUGCCGAGAUUUAUGAAGCAGUCAAAAAUGACCCAGACUUAAGUGACCUUGAGGAUUAUUUUAGUGAAGAGCAGUUAAAAGCCUUAAAUAACCACAGACAGAUGUUGAAUGAUAAGAAGCAAGCACAGAUCCAGAUGGAAUUCAGGAAGGCUGUGGAAUCUGCUGAAAAGGGGGAACAAAUUUUAUCAAGAGAUGUUAAAACUGUAUGGAAGCUACGUAUCAUAAGCUAUAGAAAAAAAGAAAAAUACUCAGUUAUAUUGAAUAUCUGGCGUCCAUCAUCAGAUUUACAUUCCCUAUUAGUAGAAGGGAAAAGGUACAGAAUCUACCAUCUUGCAACAUCAAAACCUAAAAGUAAAUCUGAAAGAGCUAACAUACAGUUAACAGCAACAAAAAAGACUCAGUAUCAACAACUACCGUCUUCAGAUGAAUUUCUGCUCCAAGUUUAUCAGCCCAGGGAGUCCCUUCACUUCAACAAAUUAUUGGAUGCAGACUUCCAGCCACCUUGUUCUGAGGUUGACCUAAUAGGAUUUGUCAUUUCUGUUGUGAAAAAAAUAGGUCUUGCUCCUUUGGUCUACUUGUCAGAUGAAUGCCAUAAUUUUUUGGCAAUAAAGUUUUGGAUAGAUCUUCAUGAAGACAUUAUUAAACCUCACAUGUUAAUAGCUGCAAGCAACCUCCAGUGGCGACCAGAAUCCAAAUCAGGAAUUCCUAUUUUAUUUGCUGGAGAUUUUUCCACGUUUUCUGCCAGUCCAAAGGAAGGACAUUUUCAAGAGAAAUUUCACAAAAUGAAAAAAACUGUUAAGAAUAUUGAGAUAUUUUGCAAUGAUGCAGAAGACAAGCUUAUGCACAUACUUAAUGCAAAUGAUACCAAGUUUUCUACUCUGACUAAAAACUAUAUUUCAGAGUCACAUACUGCGCAAACAACCCUUGGUACAGGAAGUAAGUUUCUGGUGUCUCCUACCAAUAGAGAGAUCAAUUAUCGAACUCCACUAUCCCUUUGUAAGCCAAAAGGAAUGUCUGUUUCUACACCUGUAUCAGCCCAAAUGACUUCAAAAGAAGGAAAAGAGAUUGAUGAUCCCAAAAACUGCAAAAAGAGAAGAGCCUUGGAUUUCUUAAGUAGACUGCCUUUACCUCCACCUGUUAGUCCCAUUUGUACAUUUGUUUCUCCAGCUGCACAGAAGGCAUUUCAGCCCCCACGGAGUUGUGACAACAAAUAUGAAACACCUAUAAAAAAAAAAGAAUUGAAUUCUCCUCAGAUGACUCCACUUAAAAAGUUUAAUGAUGUUUGUCUUUUGGAAAACGAUUCAAUAGCUGAUGAAGAACUUGCACUGAUAAAUACCCAAACCCUUCUGUCUGGUUCCAGAGGAGAAAAUCAACUUACUAGCAAAUCUACUAGGACUGCUCCCACUAGUUCAAAAGAUUUUCUUGGACCAAAAAGACAUACUAAAUUGGUGAUCAAAGAACAGAAUUCCCAAGCCAUUACUGAUGAACAUGAGACUAGUAUACAGGACGUGAGUAUAAUAAAAAAUAUGCCCAAGAGAUUGCAAAAGUGACAAAAAUGAAAAUAAAUUAUUGACUCUUAA